UUAUCAGGUGAGGAGUUAGGACAGCCAAACUAUGCACCACCAUUUCUAGCUCCAACUACUAAAGGCUCAGCCAUACUGCAUGGCGUGAACUACGCUUCUGGAGGAGGAGGAAUUAUGAAUCAAACCGGAACAAUAUUUAUUAAUAGGCUUGGAAUGGACGUCCAGAUAGACUAUUUUAACACCACCAGGAAGCAGUUUGAUGGAUUGCUGGGCAAAGAGAAAGCCAAAGAGUAUAUAAUGAAGAAGUCCAUAUUCUCCAUCACCAUAGGAGCUAAUGAUUUCCUCAACAACUACCUCCUUCCUGUUGUGUCUGUGGGGCAAAGGAUCUUAGAAACUCCAGAUACGUUUGUUGAUAAUCUUAUCAGAAAUCUAAGAGUACAGCUAUCGAGGCUCUACUCUCUUGAUGCAAGGAAGUUUGUGAUGGGAAGUAUCGGACCAAUUGGUUGCAUACCUUAUCAGAAAACGACUAACCCGGUCGGCUCGACCGGCUGCGUCGAGCUACCUAACCAAAUGGCUCUAAAAUACAACGCCCGUUUGAAGGACUUGCUCAUGGAACUUAAUGAGAACCUUCCUGGAGCCACAAUAAUACAUGCAAAUGUCUAUGAUGUUGUGCUGGAGCUCAUCAAAAACCCCCAAUCAUAUGGUUUCAAGUCUUCAAGCUCUGCUUGCUGCAGCAAUGGACCAAUGACUGGGAUAGUGCCGUGCGGGCCAACUUCUCUCAUGUGCCAAGAUCGUUCAAAGUAUUUAUUUUGGGAUCCAUAUCAUCCGAGUGAAGCGGCUAAUGUUAUUAUAGCCAAGUACUUCCUUGAUGGGGAUACCAAUUACAUAUAUCCUAUGAACCUUAGACAGCUUAAAGAUCUUUGAGAUUUUUUAUGUUUGGGCAUUUACAUACAUGGCAACCAAUUCUUAUAUAUUUAUAUAUC